UCGAGUCGGUGCAUUGCAUUUCACGGAAAAACAGGAGAGAGAUGGCUUCUUCAUUUCUCGCUGCGGCCGCGGAAAGACUCGGUCCUGCCGUACGGCGCCAGGCCUUGACGCUAACGGACGCCGCGGCCACUAGAAUACGCCACCUCCUGCAGCAUCGGCAGCGGCAGUUCCUGAAGCUCGGCGUCAAGGCCCGCGGAUGCAACGGAUUAUCCUACACCCUCAAUUACGCUGAUGAGAAAGGGAAAUUUGAUGAGUUAGUGGAGGACAAGGGUGUCAAGAUACUGAUCGAUCCAAGAGCACUCAUGCAUGUCAUUGGAACCAAGAUGGAUUUUGUAGACGACACGCUCAGGCAUGUACCUGGCCGAUUCAUCUCGAUUACAGGCCCACCCAACCUGACUCCCGUUGGCCUGCGACCCAUAACCUCGUGCCUAUGUGGUUCUCAGAUCAAAAUAACCAUGAAGCGUCACCAGUAGGACUAUCAACGGGCCAGGCAUGGUGUUGGCUCCAUCUCGGACUUUGAACAGGUCGAGGUCGGGACAGGCAUGUCGGGUCAUCUGUUUUCCAACUUUUCAGUGUGCUUGGCCCGAGACACUGGCCGAGGCUUGCUCGUGCGUGGGGUACACUUCUAAGAUGAUCAGAACCAUUGACUCGAUGGGUCACCAUAAAGGUCAAUCCUAGAUUUUGGAAGGUACGGUAAAGAUUUUCAGAUCGCGCAAAGUGGGCCCAUGGCCCAGCAAUCCAGACUGUUGGUUUGAUGGGCCUCACAAUAGAUGGGCAUGAACAAAACCACCCAGGUUGGAUGCUAGCCAUACAAAUAUCUGGGUUUCAAAAAAAGAAAAAAAAAAGUGUAAUUCUUUCUUAACAUUUUUUGUGCAUCAGCCAUCUUUUG